CGGGUUCUGGGUGCAAGUUACGGGGCGCAGGGACAAGGGGACCCCUCCCUCGCCCUCUGUGGGGACGUGUCAACAGAAACCUUGGGCGUCUAAGCGGGGGAAGCGCUCAGGAUUUUAACCCAUGGGUGUUAAACCUCUGAAGACUGCUUGAGAGGGCCGUGGGCGCCCGGGGUCGUGCGCUGGGCUGUGAAGGGCCUUCCUUCCUGCUCAUCGGACUGCUUCCCCGCAGCAGCCUGACUCCCGGUUUGGUUUUCGAAUCCCCCCCCCCCCCCCAUGUGUGAUGGUUGUUGGAGUUUGCGCUGUUUUGUUUCCGUGUCCAAGAGUUGCCAAGAGCAAGUCAAAAGUCAUUCUGGUGAGAAUGGUGAGUGAAGCUGGGACAGGUUUCUCCUUCAACACGAAGAGAAGCCGACUGCGGGAGAAACUGACUCUGUUGCAUUAUGAUCCAAUUGUGAAACAAAAAGUCCUGUUUGUGGAACAGAAAAAAAUACGCUCCCUCUAAACAAUGGAUUGAAAAUGCACUUGGUUUAUAAAUGAGAAGACCAAGGGCAGGAUACUGAUGCAGAAAUUCUGCAGCUUGUCAGGAAAGAAGAGGAAAUGGAACGGAAUCACUGCCUCCUGUGAUUUGAAGGCCAUUGUGAAGGAAAACAAUACAGUGAAAGAAAGUUCUUCGUGUCGGGACAUAUAGCAUUGCAUCACAUUUAUUUAUCUUUCUGGAUAUUUUUAUAGCCCUUAAUAAAACAUAUUAAAAUA